AUGUCUGUCUUACCUUCACCGUCGCUUGGUGACCAGUCCGGAUGGUUUCACGCCGAACGGGGCGCUAAGGCUCGGUUCAAAGCCUUCUUCACGCGUUCAAAAUCUGAGAGGAUUGUACCUCAGCAUCCCGAACCCAGGCCAUGUCCGCCUUCUACGCUCACCGUCGCGAAACGUGGUCGUAGUACGACAUGGUCGAACCGAAUGCGAGAUUCGCAACAAGGUGGGAAGCCUCAACGACCUAAGAAUAUGACUUCAUGGGAUCCUCCUCCCCUGAUCCAGGCAUAUACGCAAGCAAAGAUGCAUGCUAUCUUGGACAUUCCAUCUACCUUGACAGAGACUAUUUUCGGAAGCAACCAACGAAGAAACAGCAUCUCCGGCGAGUCUUCUUCACGACCUAGUCUGGAGGACCAUCUCUCGGCGGACGACCCGGGUCUGAACCAUAAACGGAAUUGCUCGGGAGCAAGCGUUUGUUCUCUUAGUCAGAAGCUGUUCAUACUCGGCCAAUCCGGCUGCAUUUUGCAGUAUAGCGCCGAUGGACUCAACGAUCGUCUACCGGAGAAGAUGCUUGAACUAGGACCUGACUCUGUGGCCUUUGCGAGCGACGACAUUCCUGGUAAGCAUUGGGUCUUGCGAGUUUUAUACGAUGGCGUCUCGGAUCGAUCUGCAUCGCACAACUCCAGGAAUACUUGGUCGAAGUUGGCUUUCAAACAUGCCGAAGACAAGAAGCUUGUCAAGGACCUCCUUCUUGUCUUUGACAACGCUGUAUCACUCGGACUGUGGCUCACGGCCAUUCGUAAAGAGAUUGAAAUGCUCGGUGGUCUACGGUAUCGUCCUGAUUCAAGAGGUCCCGCCGAAGACGAGGCAAAAUCGAAAGCGGUGCGCCCACUCCGGACUCGAAGAAGUCUCCCAGUUUUCUCUCGAUCCGAAGACAAGGUCUCCGGCAACGAGUCUACCUCUGCGGUACUUUUGCCACCAAUGCCCCAACGACCUGCUUCCCGUAAGAUCUCAAGGUCGACCACAGACUCCUCGAUUCAUACCUUGACGGAUCUCGACAAUAUCCGGGAUGCAUCCUUCUCUGACGACCGCUCCAUCUCUACAGCCCAUACCAGCUUCACGAGCACCACUUCCACCUCACGUCUGGUUGAAUCAUUCUCCAGCGUCGAGUAUGAACCACCCACAACGAGAGACGCCCAAUCACGAGUGUCUACCCCUACUCAGGAAGAUCUGGGAGAGCUGUCAAUGUACAUGGCAACACCGAAGAGAAAUCCUACGCGGAGUGUUCCACCACGGACGACUUCAAUGGAUGCUCAGACCGAUGCCAUCAACCACGACCUCUUCGUACCAACCCGUGAGUCGAACCACCAGGCAGCUGUUGCGUGGGAGUCAAGGUCGAGACCGAUUUCCACCAUCGCACCUCUUCCAGAACCAGGCCACAUCAGAAAGAUCUCUGCUCGUUAUCGGUACGAACCACAAGUGUUGCCUGCCCAACCGAUGACUCCGGUAUCAAGACCAGGAAGUUUGCGAAGUCGAAGCUCUUCUUACACACAAGAUUCACCGGAUGGUGUUCAGAAGCGAACUGCUUCAUAUAGCUUGUUCCCGAAAACACCCUCAUAUGACCAGUCUCAACUCGCCCAGCAGACUGGGUUGCCGUCGCCUCCAGUCACCACGCCCGGCAGUGUGCUGGCAAGCAUGUGCGAUGUGCCGGAAUCUUCUGAGCCGCUUUCGGGGUCAAGGCCUUCAUCCCAAGGUAGUCAACGAGCGUCCAAAAGAUUGGGAAAGGCCCUAUCUAUCGAUACCAAGAAAACCGAAGCUGCCACUGGGCUUAUCGUGCAGUCUCAAAGAUCGCCUGCCGUUACUGCCGCACAUUUGGAAACUUGUUUUGGAGCACAUCCAGAUGCCCCAAGAAGAAAGUCAUGCUCCAAGUCUUCCUUCUCGACCAUCACAACAACCACCGUCGACGCUUCGACAGGAGUCUCGUCCCAGGUCGUGCACUUGGCCAACCCACCCCGCAAGCAUCGUCAUGUCAAAGGGCAAAAGAGUAUGCCAUCUCUUGUACAUCGUACGAUGCCUCCCUCAGGGCCUCCUCCCACCGGGCCUCUUCCUGCGCUGCCAAAAGAGGCAUGUUUUCCAAUUCAAAAGGCCAAGCUAAGCUCAGUCUCUUGCGGCAUGCCUCCAAGACCUCAGUUGAAGCACACAAAAGCCGAGUCGGCCGGUCCCUGGCUACCAUCUACUGAUCCUGUCGCUCUGAAGACAGCUCAAUCCCAGCCUGCUACGGCACACAAGAGAAAUGUCUCCUCAGUCUCCUCGGUGGCAUCUGUGCGUCAUAUCACGACCUGGUUGCAAUCCGAUCGUGUUGCGGCCUUCACGGCCAAAUGCGAAACAGCACCGACAUUGCACGUCGACGUCCCCGAAAGCCCAGCGUUCAGCUGUGGAUUUGAUAAGAUAUUGUCAUGA